CCGAGGGGUCAGUCUGGACAAAGGUUGCGACGAAGCUUUGCUGGAUGUAAUUGGAAAUGCGAAGAUCUUCACGGGGCUGAUAUCGAUAUUCUGUGCGUGGGACCAUGCCACGUGUCGAGGGAAGACGACUUCUUGCGUCUAUGCCCCAAGUGACGGAGCUUCAUCCUGUCCCUGAUGCGCACGUUCCCGUUAUGAAGUUCAAAUUCAAUGAUAUCUCAAUUGACCUCCUUUAUGCUCGUCUCGAUCUCCUCUCUAUCCCUGACGAUUUAGAUCUUGGAGUGGACGAUAUGCUGGAGAGCGUUGAUGAGAAGAGCAUAUCUGGUCUGGAUGGCUGUCGAGUGGCCGAUGCCAUUCUCAAACUGGUGCCCAACGUCGAUCACUUCCGCACGGCCUUACACUCGGUGAAGUUAUGGGCCAGCAAGCGCGGUGUGUACUCCAAAAAGUUCGGCUUCUUGGGUGGCGUUAGUUGGGCUCUGCUCGUCGCUCGGGUAUGUCAACUGUACCCUGCUGCCACUCCGACCAUGUUGUUGGGGCUUUUUUUCCGCGUCUACGAUUUUUGGAGAUGGCCUGAUCCUGUCAAGCUGUGUCCUAUCGAGGAAGGGUCCCUCGGGUUAGCAGUAUGGGACCCGCUGCGCAACCCUCGCGAUAAGUAUCAUCUGAUGCCCAUCAUAACCCCGGCCUACCCGUGCUCCAACUCCAGUUAUAACGUUUUGGAGAGCACUUUUGGCGUGAUGAGAGCGGAGUUUAGGAGGGGAAGGGAGGUUUGGGAAGAGAUUGCUCGUGGCGAGUGCGGGUGGGAGGAGCUAUUCGAAGCGUACCCUUUCUUUGAGCAGUACAACUAUUUCCUUCAGAUCGACGUCAAAGCGUGCUCGGUGGAGGAUCGACGGUCGUGGGCCGGAUGGAUAGAGCUAAUGGUGAAGGUGGAGAGAUGUACCAACGGGCGCGUGAAGGUUCAUCCCAAUCCUUGGGAUUUCAUAGAUCCAAGGCCAGAGGAGAUCCAAUCCACGUUCUUCAUGGGCUUGCGGCGGAAACCUGAUUUGCAAGGGUUUGAGGGCCUGCGAAUGGCGAUAGAAGAUUUUAAGGAGAUCCUUCGUACCUUCUCGUCUUGGAGGACGGGCAUGGGGAUCACCAUCUCCCUUGUGAAAAGGAAGGGGAUCCCCGCUUACGAGCAAGGAGGAGAACACCAAACGGGAGCUGCAAGAAUCGGUGAGGACAGUGACGAGAUGGCGGCAGAGGUGGAGGUAAUGUCGACAGCAGCAGCAGCAGCAGCAGCAGCAGCAGCAGCGGCAGUGGCUAUGGCAGAAGAGCCAGGGAUGACAGCAGCAGCAGCAGCAGCAGCAGCAGCAGCAGCAAUGACAUUCAAUGAAUCCUUCACAAGUGCGGAGGAGACAUUCCAGAUAGUGUUCGCGCUGCAAAAGUGUCUAGACGGCAGUGGCUCGUGCUUACCUGCAACUGGAGUAGAGGAGGAUUAUCACUUCCAGAAAUUCCAGUACCAUAUUAGAGGACUCUGCAGCAUCACCAAGCUCAGGAAGGAGAAAGAGGAAGCUGAGGAGAGAGGGAAGCAAGAGGAAGGGAGGAGAAAACUUUUGGUGGAGGUAAAGAAAGUUGUUGACAGUGGUUCUGCCAGUGGAUGCAACAAGAGUAUUGCUGAGAUGGUCAUCCUGAAUGACACCCUCAGCAGAUCUUACUUCUCUAACUGGGACCACCGGAUCUCUGCUGUGGAGAGCCAGGUCUCUUCCAUCGAACACAAGGUGGAUCAGAUGGCAAAGGACCUGACCUCUCUGGCAACAGGGAUGAACAGCGUUCUGCAGCACCUCAAGCUGCCUAUCCUAUCCCCCCAGCCUGUACAGCCAGCUGGCCAGCUGAUCACCCGGCCAGCAGGUUCACCACCUCAUAGUCGUCUAGCCUCACCUGCUGGUUCCCAUGCAUCCACCCCCUCUGUUGCUUCUGGUACAUCUGUGCAGCGAGGGCCCAAGCUGACACCACCUCCUAUGUACUCUGGGGAAGACCCCAAGGUGGAUGUGUCAGACUGGGUCACCACUAUGCAAGCAUACCUGGGCAGCUUCACAUGCCCAGAAGCUACAAAAGUGGGGACCAUUCUUGGCCGGUUGGAGAGGUCUGCACUGAAAUGGUGCACCUCCUCUGCAACCAAAGAGAAUGUGGCGAUGGAUAGAUGGGCACAACAACUGGGGGUGGCAGGGUUGCUGAAGGCGCUGCAAGACCGGUUUGCUGACAGGGAGCAGGCCCGCAAAGCAGCUGAUAAAAUUAUGCUGCUGGGGUCUCACAGAUUUAAGGGCUCUCUGUCCAAGCUCUACAACCUAUUUGAGAGCUUGACAUCGACACCGGGUCUGCAACUCACCCACUUCCUGCGUGCAGCACCUCCCGACUACUCGAUUGCUUUGUAUGCUCAGGGCCACAAGGACUGGAGGUCCUUUGGCAAAGCGACACUGGACCUAGAGUCUCGGCUGAAGUGGCUUGAGGCCACUAACCCUAGGAUCGACUGGCAGAUCCCUAGGGUAGAGCUCCCUGACUGUCGAGGGGACUAUCAACCUUGUGUCCUGGCUGAUGAGUACCAUCCAGUCAGCAGUUGUUAUUGUAUGAGGGCACACGAGUUCUUUCAGCUCUCUCGCCAGACUGCCCACACACGUCGGUUCGUAGCAUAUGUGAAACAUACUGGUGUGGAGGUUGCUCCUUGUCCCUCACCGAUUCAGCAGGUUUUGGACCGGUAUCCAGACCUGAUGCAGGAGCCUACUGGACUUGUCCAUAGGCAGACCCAGCACAGGAUUGAGCUCUUGCCAGGUGUGGUCCCUCCCAAGGGCCGUGUCUACAGGAUGUCACCUGCUGAACUUGAUGAGCUCAGGAAACAGCUUGAGACCCUGACCAGCAAGGGCUGGAUCAGACCCAGCACAUUUGAAUUUGGAGAUCCUGUUCUCUUUGUUCCAAAGGGAAAUGAAGAGUUCAGGAUGUGUGUGGACUACAGAGGUCUCAACAAAAUCACUAGGAAGUCUACAGAGCCCCUUCCUAGGAUUGAUGAUCUGCUGGAUAUGGUGCAGGGCUGCACAAUCUUCAACAAGAUCGACCUCAAAUCUGGUUACCACCAGAUUGAGAUGGCUGAAGGCGAUGUCCAUAAGACUGCCUUCAAGACCAAAUACGACACCUAUGAGUACCUGGUCAUGCCUUUCGGUCUUUGCAAUGCCCCUGGCACAUUCCAGACAGAGAUGCAUCGCAUACUUAGGCCUUACCUGGACAGGUUUGUGGUUGUGUACCUGGAUGACACCCUGGUAUUCAGUCGAUCUGUCGAGGAGCAUGCACAACAUCUGGCUCUUGUUCUCCAGGCACUACAUGAGGCCCAGUACAAGAUCAACAAAGAAAAGUCCUCCUUUGGAGUAACUUCUGUGACUUAUUUGGGACAUGUAAUCUCUGGGGAACGGUUGGCUCCUGAAGCGCCUAAGAUUGCAACGAUUCAGGAUUGGCCACAGCCUACCACAGUUCGUGAUGUCCGGUCAUUCUUGGGUCUUGCAUCAUACUACAGGAAGUUCGUCAAGAACUUCUCUGCUAUUGCUGCACCCCUGACUGAUCUUACAAAGAAAGACACCCACUUUCUUUGGACAUCAGACUGUCAGCAGGCUUUUACAUGCCUCAAGGAGGCCAUGAUGCGUGCACCUGUUUUGAAGUUACCUGACCCUACCUUGCCUUUCGUACUAACUACUGAUGCUAGUCAGUAUGGGGUUGGGGCGGUACUUCAGCAGGAUGGUGGGCAUGGUCUGCAGCCAGUGGAGUACAUGAGUAAGAAGAUCAAAGUCAAGAAGCUGCAGGAUUCCACGUACGAGAAAGAGCUCUAUGCUCUAGUGUCAGCGCUAAAGCAUUGGAAGCAUUUCCUCAUAGGCAGGCACUUCCAGAUCUAUUCUGAUCACUCCACCUUGCAGUGGAUGAAGACCCAAGGGGAACUGAAUGACAAGCUCGCGCGCUAUAUUCAGUUUAUUGAUCUUUUUGACUUUGAACUGAAACACAAGAAGGGCUGCUACAAUCGUGUAGCAGACGCCCUUUCUCGUAGGCCUGACGCUAUGAACAGCAGCGAUAACGUUAUACAGGCAGAGCUGAGUGCAACAGCUGCAGCAGCAGCAACAGCAGAAGUCACAGCUGGAGUUGCAGAGGAUGAAGAGGAUAUGGCGAAGCAAGGGAAAGCUGUGGAGCGUUCGAUUGUGUUCCGCCGGGCUUUCACGCGCCGUGGGACGAUUCCGAAAGUAUCACUGGCCUCGCUUCGGUGCUCAUCCCAGAUUGCACCAGUCCAGGUCCACGUCCCACGUGUGCUCAGCAGGUUGAGGGAGGAAGAUGCAGCAGGUCAAGGGGUUGCGGUGGCUGAUGACGGGCCACAGAAUCCCAACGUAAAGCCAGGCAGCAGCCAGCACCCAGUUUCCAAGAGGUCGGAAGCAGCCAGGGAUCCAAUUUCCAGUGGAGCCCGGGGAGGGGAGGAUGCGCAACGGAACGAGGGUACCAGGGACGAUCGUCGUCAUCAUGGUCGGAAACCGGACUCUCCGGAGCAAUUAUUGAUCAAUGGAAAGGAGAACAGGACAACUCAAGCGGCAGCCACCGCAGCAGCAGCAGCGGCAGCAUCUGUUCAUGUCGAGUCUUCCAAGUGUGAUCUUUCUGCGUCCACUGUUGCCAAUCCAGUAGUUGUGAAAGAGCAAGCUACUGAGGCCUCUACUGAGAACACUCAGCCUCCACCCUCUGCAGAAAGUGAGAAUUCCAGUGAGGCGUUCACAGGCAGUAUGCAGCCUGAUGCGCUAAGCUCUGUUGAGAUUCGGUCAUCUGGCGCGGCAGUAAAUGCGGUGCCGUUUUUGAAGGGGGAUCAGCACAGAUCAAGCAAUGCAGCUCUGAAACCUCCUCCCUCUCCUCUCCCUGCUCCUACUCCUCUCUCUGCUCCUACCCCACUUCCUCCUACUGCCGACGAUGAUCAUCGAGAUGAUGCUGUGGUACCAAGUGAUCCUGCUGCAGAAGCUGCAACCAGCACCCCCCUGGCAUCACUCCUCGCUUCCCGUAAGGCUCUCCUUACUUCUCCUUACACUAGGAUGAAGGGUGCUGCCUACCACGACUCAUUUGAAAACAAACCGGUGAAUGACAAGAAGAAAUCAGGGCUAGCAGAGGCAGAGCCCACGGCAGACCUUCAAGAGAUGCGAGUGGGAAUGGAUGGGUUUGUCACUGCUGCCGUGUUCUCUCGGAGCGGCACUGAGAGCGGAAAGAAGGCUAGAAAGGCGAACCAAGACACCUUUCUGAUGGAGUUUGGACCUCAAUCCCACCAGGCAAUGCUGGGGGUUUUUGAUGGGCAUGGGGUGAAUGGAAGGAUCGUGUCCGCUUUUGUGAGGGAUUCUCUGGCACAAUCGCGGCCGGACAAUGUGGGAGCUGCAGGCCAGCCGAUGGUAGAGAACUUGCGGAGGUCCUUCCUCUUCGUUGACCAGGUGCUCAAGCGAACGAUGCCAGGAGUGUGUGAGUUGAGCGGAUCGACGGCGCUGAUUUGUUGUUUACAGGGCAAGAAGUUGAUGACCGCGUGGGCUGGAGAUAGUCGGGCGGUGCUUGCCCGGGAGGCGAAGUCAAACGGCACGCUCGAGCCCGUACAGCUAAGUUGGGACCACAAGCCUGGAAACCCGAAGGAGAGAGAGAGGAUACUCGCUCACGGUGGUCGGGUUGACCGCAUAGUGAACGAUCGAACGGGCGCUCGGCUCGGUCCUUUGCGCGUUUACCAAAAGUACUCUUGGUCGCCUGGCUUGAGCACUUCUCGUGCUUUCGGAGACACGCUUGCUCACGAGGUUGGAGUGACAGUCGAACCGGACAUUAAUGUGGUGAUGCUCCAGUCGUGUGAUCGAUUCCUCAUCCUUGCAACAGAUGGGGUGUGGGAGUUCAUGUCGAAUGAAGAGGCUGUGGACUUGGUCAAGACUGCAAACGACGCGCAGCAUGCAGCCAAGCUCUUGGUGGAGAGAUCACAGAGGAAAUGGCAGGAGCGUGAGGGUGAUGUGUGCGAUGACACAACAGCUUUGGUGGUCAUGUUCAGGCAUGAAGUCAACCCUUUGAAACAGUGAGGGCAUGCUCUCGCCAGGACUUUUUCGACUGAGCUCUGGAUGUUGUGAGGGUCAGAUGCAUCCAGGACUUGCCAUAGCUGCAGUCAGAUACGUUCACGAGAGUGCACAUCUGGUGAGUAUGCCCUUAUUGGAAACGUGUGUGAAAAGACAACUGCGUGAGCGAGCAGAACCCUAGGGAACUCUCUGAAUGACCGACCACCUCAACAGGAUGGGGCGAGCGACCAAUCACACCUAACAAACUGGCUUUUUGCUGUCUAGCGUAAGGAUGCACCAAGGGGGCAAGCAAUCAAUAGAUGUCGGUGACCAAGCGAGAGCAGUGGAAUGGGGGACUUGGGCAAUUCUCACUACCACCUUCCACCAAAUAGGAUGUGAAUGUGGGGUCAUACUCUCUGUUUCUUUCCUGAAAUCUGGACCAGGCACACUUGUAAUUAAUGAUCCUGUGUUCAGUUCGGAGGGAGACAGAGUUCACGGGCUCAUCUCUCUUACGUUCAAGUUGGGAGGAGGAGGAGGUGAUUGACCGACCGGUUGACGGACAGAGUAACUGACUGGAGCUUGUUCGUUUACUCAGGGUAUGUCCACCCUGGGAAUUUCUUUAUGCAUCUGGCCGUCAUUACGACCAAAAUUCAGUAGGCGAGUAACUGAUGGCCGCUUGCUCGUUUCCUCGGGGUAUGUCCUCCCUGGGAUUUUCCUUUGUGCGUCUGGCCGUCAUUUGAACCAGAUUCAGUCGCGAGAGUCCCAGUGUGGCUAUGACCUGA